GCGAGUCAACUGUGGAGCGCUCAGUCGGUGUUUUAACUUUAAAAUGAAAAUAACUUUUAAAAUUAAAACAUAAACGCGCUUGUGCUAGACAAAAUACUAAACAGUUCGAAUUUAUUGAGUGUAAGGAAGUGCUUAACAUAAAUGCAGGACUUCGGUGAAGUGCAUUAACAGUCGCUUGUAAAUGCAAUUUGUAUUUGAAACAAUUGUGAACAUUUAGAACGAAUGGGAGCGUGAACAUCUGUCAGUUUGCGGUCGCGCUGCUUCUUCCUUUCGUCGCCACUGUGCAUUAUUCGGAAAUAAACAAUACGUCCAAAUAAGUAAACGUUAGCAUAUAAUAUUAAGUGUUCUACGUGCGUAUAGUUUUCAAACAUGGAAAUAUACGCGCCUCUACACACAUUUGCCUGCAACAGCGUCGCAUUCAUAUUCGCUAAAUGAAGAGUUAUAGUGAUUACCAUAUUGGCACCCCUCCCAGCAGCACUGCAACCGCAUUGGAGCAUCACUUGGAACAGUAUAGCCCCACAGCUAUUAGCACCUUAGCCAACGGUCACCAGCAUCAUCAUCACCAACAGCAGCAGCAGCAGCAACAACAACAGCACUCACCAGCACACCAGCACCAUCAUCAAUUGCUACACCAUCACUCACCGCAUUUACACGACCUCAACGAUUCGUUAUCACCACCCACGUCCAUAUUGCAAUCGCAUAACGCUGCAGCCAUAUCGGCAGCUGUUGCAACGUUGCCACAGAUGCCGCACUUUGGACUUGGUGGCGGUGUAGGUGGCGCUUAUGCGCAAACACCACCCAGUCCGCCGGUACAUCAUGGCGCUGGCGGCGGUGGUGGUUUAUUGCCACCCAAUUCGCCACAUCAUCAUCAACAGCAACACCAUCAGCAACAGCAGCAGCAACAACAACAUCAUCUUGCAAUGCUGCCGCGCGGUUUGAAUGCUGGCAGCGGUGGUGGUGGUGGCGGUUGUGGCCCACUCAUGUCUACAGGUCUGAAUUCCAAUGCGGUUGGUGUGCCAUAUCGGCCACAUAUUGAGGAUAAAAAAUUGACACGAGAUGCAAUGGAGCGUUAUAUGCGCGAACGCAACGAUAUGGUCAUUGUGAUUCUACAUGCGAAGGUCGCGCAAAAGUCAUACGGCAAUGAGAAGCGUUUCUUUUGCCCACCACCGUGCAUUUAUUUAUUUGGCAGCGGUUGGCGUCGACGCUACGAGGAGAUGCUGCAGAAGGGCGAGGGUGAGCAUUGCGCUCAGUUGUGCGCCUUCAUCGGCAUCGGCAGCUCGGAUCAGGAUAUGCAACAACUCGAUUUGAAUGGCAAGCAAUAUUGCGCCGCCAAGACGCUGUUCAUUUCCGAUUCGGAUAAGCGUAAGCAUUUUAUGUUGUCGGUGAAGAUGUUCUACGGCAAUGGGCACGACAUCGGUGUGUUCAAUUCGAAACGCAUUAAAGUCAUAUCGAAGCCAUCGAAGAAGAAGCAAUCGCUGAAAAAUGCCGAUCUUUGCAUAGCGAGCGGGACCAAUGUGGCGCUGUUCAAUCGCCUGCGCUCGCAAACGGUGUCGACGCGUUACCUGCAUGUGGAGAAUGGACACUUUCAUGCGUCGUCGACGCAGUGGGGCGCCUUUACGAUACAUUUGCUCGACGACAAUGAAUCGGAGUCGGAGGAGUUUCAGGUACGCGAUGGCUACAUACAUUAUGGUGCGACGGUGAAACUGGUGUGUUCGGUGACGGGUAUGGCACUGCCACGCCUCAUCAUACGCAAAGUGGACAAGCAAAUGGCACUGUUGGAGGCUGACGAUCCGGUGUCGCAAUUGCAUAAAUGCGCUUUCUACAUGAAGGACACGGAUCAUAUGUAUCUCUGUCUGUCACAGGAGAAAAUCAUACAAUUCCAAGCUACACCAUGUCCGAAAGAACCAAAUAAAGAAAUGAUCAACGACGGCGCUUGCUGGACGAUCAUCUCGACAGACAAAGCUGAAUAUCAGUUUUACGAAGGAAUGGGUCCUGUGGGCUCCCCAGUCACACCGGUGCCAAUUGUAAAUUCGCUCAACUUGAAUGGCGGCGGCGAUGUAGCGAUGCUGGAACUGAGCGGCGACAACUUUACGCCGCACUUGCAAGUCUGGUUCGGUGAUGUGGAGGCGGAAACAAUGUACCGCUGCACGGAAACACUGCUGUGUGUGGUGCCGGAGAUCUCACAAUUCCGUGGUGAAUGGUUAUGGGUACGCCAACCCACACAGGUGCCCAUCUCGCUGGUGCGCAACGAUGGCAUCAUUUAUGCAACGGGUCUAACAUUCACCUACACGCCGGAGCCUGGUCCACGGCCGCAUUGCACGCAAGCCGAGGAUGUUAUGCGUACGCGCAGUGCAACAGCAACAACAAAUAACAAUAACGGCAACAAUAACACGGGCAACAACAACAAUCUGAGUGGCAUGAGCAACAAUAACAACAAUAAUGUUGCGCACUCACCCGGCGAUGGUGGCGCCGCGAACAAUGCAACGGUAAAUGCCAGUCAUCAAAUGCACCAAACAUUGCCGUCCAUGAACGAGGUGCAGUGGAAUACGCACGGCGGCGGCGCAUUGUCCUGAGUGCGGGCGCCACAUAUGCUGUCGGCAUAUUACGGUGUGGCUCUAGUGGUGGAGCAGACAUUUUUUAUGCUUUAGAAAUUAGUGGAUUGUUUGCGUGCAUGCUAUUGUACUUUAUUACAUAUGUAUGUGCAUUUUUUAUGAAUUUAAUUAUUUUUAGUUGUA